AUGCGCAUCGCCACCGUCACGCCGGGCCGCUCCCUGCAGAACCGCUUUGGAGUGUUUCGGCACAGCGAGUGGGUGGGGCGGUCGGUGGGGUCGCGCGUGCGGGCGGCCAAGGGAGGUGGCUUCCUGCACCUGCUCGCGCCCUCGCCCGCCCUCUGGACCAAGGUGCUGCCACACCGCACGCAGAUCCUCUACCUGCCGGACAUGGCGCUCAUCAUUGCCCGUCUCGCCGUGACGCCUGGCGCCACCGUGCUGGAGAGCGGCACGGGCAGCGGCAGCCUGUCGCACUCCCUCGCGCGCGCCGUGGCGCCCACCGGCCGCCUGCUCUCCUUCGACUUCCACCACGGCCGCGCCGAGCAGGCGAGGGCGGAGUUUGAGGCGAACGGCAUAGCGGGCGUGGCGUCCGUGCAGGUGAGGGACAUCCAGGGCGACGGCUUCCCCCCCCACCUGCACGGCACGGCGCACGCCGUCUUCCUCGACCUGCCCUGCCCGUGGCUCGCCCUGCCCUCCGCCGCCACCUGCCUGCUGCCAGGCGGGCGGGUGUGCUCCUUCUCGCCGUGCAUGGAGCAGGUGCAGCGCUGCUCCCAAGCCAUGCGCGCCCACGGCCUCACCGACAUUCGCACCGUGGAGCUGCUCAGCCGAAGCUACGACGUGCGCGAGGAAGUCCUCACCGUGCCAAACGUGAAGCCAGCCUCACAAGUUGCGAGUGUGGAGUCGGCAGAGGAGGGGGAGAAUGGGAGGGCCAGCGAGGGCGACGGGGCCCAGCGGGGUGACGGCCGGGCAGCGAAGUGGCGCCGCGAGGAGGGGCGUGCCUCAUGCUUUUUCCGUUUCUCUCAUGUUUGCUCGUCGUCGUGCCGCUACCUCGCCGCCAUGGCGAACGAAUAUGGACCGCUGUCCAUCAUUGUCUAUACCACGUCAGCCGUCGCAUCUGCCACGUCACCUCUCCGCCAGUUCAUCUGGUCGGCUGUGCGCCUUCAGCUUUUCCUCGCGUCGACCUGCCUUUCCGCCAUCUGCGCGCUUCCCCUGCUACCCUUCCGCCUGCUCUCCGCCGCCCUCCGCGAGAACAAGAUGCGCGCGAGCCUAGCGGAGGCGCAGCAGCAGGGCGGGUACUGGCGCGAGGCGGCGGCGGCGCUGCAGCAGCGCGCAAAGCGGGAGGAGGCGGCGAGGGAGGCGAGCGAGGCGGCGGCGCGCGAGGCGGCGGCUCGGCUGAGGAAGGCGCUGGCGCAGCGCGCGCAGCUCAAGGAGUGCCUCCAGCGCGCCGUGCGCGAGCUGGGCGACGAGGCGGCGGCGAGGCAGGAGGCAGAGAGAGGCCUGGUGAGGGAGCGUCGCCGCUGUGCGCGCCUGCAUGCUGACGUGGACGCCUCGCAGUUGCGCUGCACUCAGCUGCAGGCUGACCUGGCGGCUGCCAGCCUGGCACUCGGGCGGCUGAGGGAAGAGCUAGCGGCGGCGACCCAGCGGCUGACGGCGUGCCAGGUGGCAGCGGAGGAGGCAGCAGCCUUGGAGGAGCGGCCAGGCGGGGCGAGUGGGGGGGAGGUGGUGUGGGGUGGCGGGGGGGGUGAUGAGCAGGAGGCGAGCAGGGGCAGGGAGGGGAGAGGGCAGCGGGGAAGGCGUGGGCGUGGGGGUCAAGUGGGGAGGACGGCGAGGGUGGUUCAGGUGCGGGGAGAGGAGGAGUGGCAGGGUGAGGAGGAGGGUGAGGGCAGUGAGGGGACUGCCUCUGUGUGCAUCACUGCCUCCUCCAGUUCUCUCGCUCCCACUGCCACGCCACGCCCCUCACUGCACUCCUCCUCACCUGCUCCCCCCCAAUCACUGUACCCCCAGCCCCACACCCUCGCCCUCCCCACGGAGCCUCUGCUGUGGCGGGCGGCCCUCAAGGCCACUGCGGCAGCGCUGCUGCUCACCACGCUGCUGGCGCUGCUCGCCUGCCUGCAGCCGAACCGCUGCCCGCCCGCGCUGCUCACUCUGCUCGCCCUCACUGCCCUCGCUGCGCUGCUUACUGCGCUCGCCCUCGCCCUCGCCAUGCCCUCCCGCCGCCCCUCUGCUUCGCCUGCCCUCUCCCCCGCCUCCUACCGCGUUCGAAUGGUGGCAGCAGCAGCGGCGGCAGCGGUGCCGCUUCUCUGCGCCUGCUGGUUCGCCCGCGGUCUCCUCGUGCGCUCCAUGCCCCCCUGGCCUGCUGUCUCUCGUGCGCUCUACUCUCAUGCCACCGCCUCGCUGGAGCGCGCCAUCUCAAGCUUCGGGUUCGCUCUCAGCAGUGCGCCCAUGAAAUACAAUUGA